AGACUAACUUCCACAGGCUGCAGAUCUACCAUAUACACAGUCCUACUCGUCCCAUUAGUCUAUGGACAACCCAGGCUUUGUGAGGCAAGAAGAGGGACUCCCAAGUAUGGAACCUUCUAAAAUAUCACAGAAGAAUCCUCAUUCAUCUGUAGAGAACAAAAAAUACUAUUGGUCCAUGAUGCGGAUCUUCCUGGCUUGCUUUUUGGCAUGUCUGAUCACCACGGCAAUUGGAGUGUUGAUAUUGGCUUUAGUUUAUGUGGGACAAUAUAGCCCCAGAACUGGCCAGGACACAUCAGUUUCCACCACAGUGAAUCAGCCUUCACAGAACAACGUUGACAGUCGAUUCAAUUUUCUUAAUAAUAUUGGUAAAACAAAGGUUUUUACAUUCCAAGGGGGUUCUCUCCAGUGGGCACGAUAUAGGAACAACCCAAAUGAUUACUCUACAGAGGCAGAACUGAAGUUUGGAGUUAGUAUCAACAAACACCAAGCCAAGAUGACUUUGGGCAUCUUACGGAUUUUCAGCCAAGGAAUGAAAGUCCCACACUGGCAUCUAAAUGCCAACGAACACGGGUAUUUGCUUCAGGGAAAAGCAUGGAUUGGCAUCGUAGAAGCUGGGGGCAGUACGGUAACCACAUUCAAUGUUUCUGCUGGUCAGGUGGUUUUCUUUCCCAAAAACGUCCUGCACUGGGUGAAGAGCGUGGGUGAUGAAGACUGUGUGAUCAUCUCCUUCUUUACUACUCAUGAUGAACUGAAGACCCUUGAUGUAGAUGAUGCUUUUUUUGGGACCCCAGAAGAUAUACUUUCAAGGGCAUUAAAGCCGGAAGGAGGAGUGCAGUUUAUCAGGACAUUUAAGAAGCCAAUAGAAGAUCAGUCAAUAAACCUCCCCACAAACCUGAAAGAUCUGGUUAAUAACGCAAGCUACGAUCAGUCGGCCAACUCUUCUGUCUGGAAAUACUUUUAUGAUCUGAAAGGUUCCAAAGAAUUUAUCUUCCCCGGGGGUAAAAUGCAGUGGGCGCGGUAUCGCAAGAAUGGAGUUGGCUUAAAUGAGAAUGAAAAAAUCUACAGUGAAUCUUUGAAUCAGCAUGCCGACACACUCACCCUUGGGACCUUACGCAUCUUCUCUAAUGGCCUGCGGGUGCCACACUUUCACUUCAAUGCGCAUGAGAUGGGAUAUGUCAUCAGCGGAUGUGGUCAGAUUGGAAUUGUAGGGGAUGAGCCUGUUCAAGAGUUUUCCGUGGGCAUCGGUGAUGUGUUUUUCUUUCCAAUUGGGACACAGCAUUACAUCAAGAGCACGUGCAGUGAAGAUUUAUUGAUGAUUACGGCCUCCACCACUGGAAACCAGCUGGAAACCCUUGAUAUGGACGAUUAUUUCCACGGUACUUCUGAUCACAUCCUCGCUCAGCUUUUUCUAAAAAAACAAGAAGAAUUCAAGAAGAUCCCAGUUUUUACAGUAGACCAGUCUAUAAACCAGCCUUAAGACCAGCUCAGUCUUAUCUUUCACAUGCACAAUGUCCUUGCUACAGGAGCGGCCAUGCAAAUUCUGGAUUGUUUAUAUUUAUUUAUCUUUACUCGCACACAUUUCCAGGACCUAGAAAUUGAACUUUGAUGAAGGUGACCAGACAGACCUUUUCAUAAUGCAACAUGAACACACACGGUACAAGGCUCAUAGCAAAGAGUUAACUUUUUAGAACGGAAGAUCUGAGUGAUACACAGCUCAUGGGACAAUACCAGUUUUCUGUUUGGAACAUAAAUCCAACAUUCUGAUGCACCAUGAGGCCCUGUCUGAGCAUUAGACUUCCUAAGCUUUUAUGUGAUUGUGUAGAAAAGACCAACAGGUCCACCUAGGCCACCCAUUGCUCAUCUCUAUGAGAAAAUAAGAUGACAUCUUAUUCUCAUUUCCAAAUACUCCCAAGAACUGAUGAUUUUGAUGAGGACAUCUCCUAUGCAGAUCCCAGUUGGCCUGGUGCACAUUUUGGUGCACGUUGACAAAUGAUGGGAUCAGAUAAGGGACCUGUACAGACCCAAUAGAAGAGGACAAUAUCCUCAGCCCAAAUCGGUCCUCAUAUAAUGGCAUUUGUUCAAGUGAUACCUGGCUGAAACAGAAGUCAAUGGUCCCAUACACAAACCACUGAGCAAUAUCGCCCAAUGUGUGUGUCACAACCUCAACCUUUUGUCCCUUGCAACUGAAGUUACCAAUGAAAGUUUGUGAAGAUACAUUUCUCUUUCUACAGACGAGAUACCUCAAUGGCCCACUUGGUCUUUUUUUUUUUGUACUCUUUUCUUAUAAUUUUUGUAAUCUAGAGGGAAUUAUUGUAAAUACUUUUUUAUGCUAUUUAUGAAACGUCACUAAGAUCGUUAGUAAUUACAGUCAAUAAAUACAUGUAUUUUUUUUUGCCUCACAAGCUGGAUAAUUGUUUUCCGGAGAAUACUAAUAAUGUUAUGCGCUUCAGUUGUAAAUAAAUGCUAGCCACUUGCA